CUUUCUUAGCCUUUAUGAAAAAGGGGAUGCUUGAACAAAGAAUGUCAUCUCAUCCCUGCACUUCCGCACUUGUUAAGCGAAUUUGCUUCGCCCCCACGCAAUGCUGGGUGCAGAUAUAAAUACCUCUCCGUCUUCCCUUCCUUCCGCCGUGAAGGCCGUCGACUUUUAUGUCCCUACCACUCCCCGCGAAGCCACAGCCUUUCAGGGUUAGUAAUCCUGAUGACCACCAAUAUGAAACCUGCUAUCGUAAUUUGUCAUGGCUCUUAUCAUAGCCCCGCCCCAUAUGAGCCGUUUAUGCAGAAGCUACAGGUUCAAGGAUUCGAAACGCACUGUCCUCAUCGGCCAACUUGUGAUCUACGCAAGCUCAACGUGGGGGAUGUCGACCAUCCGGAUUUCGACCUCGGACCUCCGCCAGAGGGUUACCCCAGCGACACUGACGAUGUUAAUGCGGUGGUCGAACUCCUAGACAAGUUAGUUAAUGAGGACGGAAAACUUGUUCUGCUGGUGGCGCAUUCAUCCGGUGGUUGGGUUGCGACCCAGGCAGCCAUACCAGAAUUGCAAGCCAAGUCUCGCCGCAGUGAGGGCAGGGCAGGAGGUCUGAUUGGUAUAUUCUACAUGGGAGCCUUCCUGGUCCCCGUUGGCGAGUCCAUUCACAGUUUCUUCCAGCCGAAGGACGGGACAACCUUCGUUCCCCCAUUUAUGCGAUUCCACAAGCACGGCGUAAAGGGCCUCGGAACGCCGGUCGACGCCCCUCGCUUUUUCUUCAACGGUCUGGACGCCGAGUCCUCAACGAAAUGGGCAGCUACUCUUACUGCAUCGCCUGUCAAUACUGAUAGACUUACGAACGAUGCCUACUCGGCCUUGCCAUGUGCAUACCUGGUCCUCGAGGACGACUUGACUCUGCCCAAGGAGUAUCAGGAGGGGAUGAUCGCCCUCCAGGAGCAGAAGGGCAACAAGUUCACCAUUUAUCGAGUGCCUUCCGGACACUCGCCCCAUCUGACUUGGACGGAGGGUCUUAUGUCUACGGUGGCUGAUUUUACCAAUGAAAUCAUUGUCUAAUUAAAUUAUUAACCAAUCCCUGGCUUUGGGGGCCGAUUUAUACCAUUCAAUAAAUGAGUGGAUAUUAAACAGCCCCAGUUCGACUGGCUGGAGGGAAGAAUAUCUGUAACCCGGGAGUCUUUAUCAAAUUUGGUUCGAAGGCUCCUCUUCUUGUCAUGAGGAGGGCUGAGAGAGAUAUACAAGUGAAGGAUCCAGUGGAUACAGUACACCAAUGGAAGAUGUUUUUGUGGUAUCUUUUAGAAGACCAGUUGCGAAUAUAUAUAGAGCGCCAGGAAAACACAGUGUACAAAAUUAUUUCGACAGAUGGAUAAAGACC